GCCGAUAUGCUGUCGCGAGCUGCUCGUCCCGCCUUCAAGGCUGGUGCGGCCGUCGCGCUGCGACCCGCCGCUGCCGCCGCCACCCUCCCCAUCGCCCAAACCGCCAACUAUGUCACCCUCCGCGAAAUCGAAGGCCGCCUGAAAUCCAUCCGCAACAUCGAAAAGAUCACCAAAACCAUGAAAAUCGUCGCCUCCACCAAACUCACCCGCGCCCAACGCGCCAUGACCGAAUCCCGCUCCUACGGCCAGACCUCCAACAAAGUCUUCGAGGAAGCCGAGACCAAGCCCUCCGAAGAGGCGGGCAAGACCCUCCUCGUCGUCUGCAGCUCCGACAAGGGCCUCUGCGGCGGCAUCCACUCGGGCAUGACCCGCGCCACCCGCCGUCUCAUGAACGAGCACCCGGGCGACUACGACAUCUGCGUGUUGGGGGAGAAGUGCAAGGCCCAGCUCAGCCGGAGCAAUGCGAAGGAGCUCAUCCUGUCGUUUGCGGGCGUGGGCAAGGAUGUGCCGACUUUCGCCGACGCGCAGGCGAUUGCGGAUCAAAUUUCGCUGUUGCCGACCGACUACGCGAGCAUCAAAAUCAUGUACAACAAGUUCAUCAAUGCGCAGUCCUACGAGCCGACGGUGGUGGAGGCCUACUCGGAGGAGGCGAUUGCUGCGUCACCAAACUUCGCCGCCUUCGAAAUCGACGACGAGGUCCUCGCCAACCUCCGCGAAUACGCCCUCGCCAACAGCAUCUUCUGGGCCCUCGCUGAAGGCCACGCCUGCGAGCAGUCCGCGCGCCGCAACGCCAUGGACAAUGCGUCGAAGAACGCCGGCGACAUGAUCAGCAAGUUCACCAUCCUGUUCAACCGAACCCGACAGGCUGUCAUCACCAACGAAUUGGUGGACAUCAUUACUGGUGCUUCUGCGUCGGAGUAAGCGGGACAGGAAGAGGGAUAGGUGGUUGUGCGUGGCAUGUACAUAGUAGGGGCUUUUUAGCGAAAUGUAGUUCUUCCCCCGCUGUCAUCUGUUUUCUUCACUCCUCCCUACCUUACCGGAGCUGCUAGAAAGCCAGAUUUCGUGCAAGCCCGCUCUGAACGAUCGCAUCAUGUCCAAGAUUGUUUACGCAUGUAGAGAUCGUGCCGACAUAGUGUAUAGUUCCUACCGUCACA